AGAAAUUUAAUUCUAAUAGAUUUGACUUAUAAAACAAUAGAAAUGUUUAAGAUCUUAUUGAUUGCCGUAGUUUUAGGAGUUGCGGCCGCACAAAGAGCAUCAAUCGGUUUAACCGGUAAUGCAAACGGACAGUUCGGUAGUAUUGGUGCUCCAGUCAAUGUGGGUGCAUCUGGCCAAGGUGGUGUAAACGGUCAGAUUGGCACAGGUGGUCUAGGACUAGGUGCCGGCGUUGCCAAUCCAUUCGGUGGUAUCGGAAACCUGUUUAGAGCUUUUACUCACAUUCCGGGCGAUAUGUUAUCCCAAUUUGGCAACAUUGCUCAGAUGGGUGGUCAGGGAUUGCAAACCUUUGGUAACGUUGCAAAUCAAAUCGGCGAUGGAAUAGGAGGUGUCGUGAAUCAAGGAAUGGGAGCAUUUGAUGGCCAACGAUUUGCCGGACAAAUGAGUGGUCUCGCUAACCAAGGUAUACAACAGGCGAUGAGAAUUCCGUCUCAACUGCCCGGUAUGGGUCGACAGGCAACUGGUUUUAUUAACGGCGCUCUUAAUAAUGGUCUGAAUAUGGUUUCAACAUUUCCCGGACAAUUGUCAAACUUUGGACAACAAGGUGUUGGCUUUGCUAAUGAUUUGGUCAAUCAGGGUAGUCAGUUCAUUAAUCGAUUUCCAGUAUCAGGCUUUGUCUCACAGGGAGGAAGAAUAGUGAAUGAUUUCUAUAGACCCGCACAGGCUCUUGUCAAUACUGGUCUCACUCAAAGUCAACAAAUACUAAGUAGAGUGCCCGGUCUUGUAACAGACUCCAUCACCUCAGGGGGCAAAUUGGUCAACGAUUUGCAAAGACAGACACAGGGGGUCGUCACUCAAAGCAUCGGCAGAUUGCCCGCUCUCACUUCAAGCGCUCUCUCUCAAGGUGGUAAAUUGGUAAACAAUUUACAGGGUUCUAUCACCGGUGCCCUCGAUCAGGGUAAACAAAUCGCAAGUCAAGUACCUAGUGUUGUCACCUCAGUUUCUAACGACGUUAUUUCAAAGGGAACUCAAGCCCUGAACGAUGUGAAUGGACAGGCAAUUACAGCAGUAACUGAUUUAGCAAAUCAGGGUAAACAAGUAACCGGACAAGUAUCUGAUGCCGUUUCUGAUAUUGUCUCACAGGGAACUGCUUUGGGAAAUGACGUCCAAAAUAGUAUCUCUGACCUGAGCGGUACGGCUGACGACUCUUUAGGCUUUUCGGGAUCAGUGAGUGGCUCCGCCUCUACCGGAACCGAUGACCCAGAGAUGUCAAUUGAUUUCUAA